AUGGCUCGCUCUACAACGGCUUUAUACACACGAGAUGCAUGCCUCCUGCAUCAUGCCUCCUACAUCAUGCCUCCUGCACCAUGCCUCCUGCACCAUGCCUCCUGCACCAUGCCUCCUGCACCAUGCCUCCUGCACCAUGCCUCCUGCACCAUUCCUCCUGCACCAUUCCUCCUGCACCAUUCAUCCUGCACCAUUCCUCCUGCACCAUUCAUCUUGCACCAUUCCUCCUGCAGCAUGCCUCCCACACCAUUCCUCCUGCACCAUUCCUCCUGCACCAUUCCUCCUGCACCAUGCCUCCUGCACCAUUCCUCCUGCACCAUGCCUCCUGCACCAUUCCUCCUGCACCAUGCCUCCUGCACCAUUCCUCCUGCACCAUGCCUCCUGCACCAUUCCUCCUGCACCAUGCCUCCUGCGCCAUGCCAACAGCCCCGCUCUCUUCUUCUCCUGUCACAUUCUGGGUCUUUGGUUUCACUCUCAAUGAGAGCUGCACCUUCCAUUUCCCCUCCCAGGUUCCACGUCACCAGAAAUGGCCGGGACUUUGUGUUCAAUCUGACGUACGUGGCGCACAUGGGGUUGAUGCACGAGGUGCUGCCAGCUUGGAUGUUCAACACUAGUCUCCUCGGAGCCGCGGUGCUGAGCCGCCCUGACACGCCCUUCCAGCUCGUCGCCUACAGCUCCUUCCUGCAUGAUCUCAUCUCAAUGAACUCACCGCACGACUACAGAAGCUCGCACCUGCUGCCCAGCAUGUGCCAGCACGUGCAGGACGCGCGGCGGGUGACCUUCUUUGGCCCGUGGGCGGUCGGAGAGGACCGCAAGCCAUGCUUCAUGCUAUUCAAGAGCGACAAUGUGCGUGGCAUGGCCUUUGAGAAGGAAGCUUCCAGGUGGGUGGCGCUUCAGAAGGAAUAUUCCAGGUGGGUGGCGCUUCAGGAGGAAGAUUCCUGGUGGGUGGUGCUUUAG